CACGAUGGUGCUCGACCCGACGCCCCCCAGCCCCGGGCCCUACUCCUGCGCCGCCACCAUCCGUGUCCACGAACGCGCCAUCACCGCCCUCCGCUUCGCCCCAGACGCUUCCCUCCUCAUCAGCGCAGGUGCAGACGGCUGGCUGCACUUUUGGAACCCACAUACCAGCCAGCAUGUACGCGGCUUCAAGGCCCACAGGUCGGGCAUCAACGACAUCUCCAUCUCCCCCGACUCGCUCUACCUGGCCACCGCCUCGGAUGACCACACCUCCGACAUUCACCUCCUCCACCCAACCUCGGGCGUCAAAUUCACCCCGCCUGCUAUGGAACCUGUAGAGACACCCGAGGAAGACGACGACGCGCAUAGACCGAAGCCUGUCCCCGAGUAUGUCUCGCACACCAAACCCCGAGCUAUCCGCCACCUCGCCGCCCACUCUGCGCCGAUCCUCUCGGUGGCCUUUUCACCAAAGUCAAACUUGCUGGCCACAGGUAGUUUCGACGAGUCAGUCAUCAUCUGGGAUGUCAGUCGAGGCCGGGCGCUCAGGCAACUGCCCGCGCAUGCAGAUGCGGUCUGGUGUGUUGCUUGGGAUCCCGAAGGCAGCAUGGUCCUCACGGGCAGUGCUGAUGGCCUCAUCCGUCUGUGGGACGCUAGCACAGGCCAAUGCCUCAAGACCCUCGACAACGACACCAACUCUCCCGUCUCCCACGCCGCCUUUGCCCCAUCCGCCUCCUAUCUCUACGCCGCCACCCUCUCUUCCACCCUCCGGAUAUAUAACAUUCACACUGGCAAAGUCAUCAAGUCAUUCCGCGCGCCAGCCGCCUUUGUCAGCGAAAAGUAUCCAUGUCCCAUACUCAUCUUUGAGGGACCGAAACCUUCGAAAGAGUCCGAGGCGGACAAGAUGGAGGUGGACGAAAAGCCACAAAACGCUGGCCAGUCUCGGAAAGAAAGGGAAUCCAAUGCUUGGAUCAUGACGGGUUCCGAGAAUGGCAAGAUCAUCAUCUGGAACGUCCAAACCAAAGCCAUCGUUCAAGUCGUAGAAGGCUACACGUCCCAUCAGUCCUCCGUCGUCGCCUUGGCUGUGUCACCAGAUGGCCGCACAAUCGCCAGCGGAUCUCUCGAGUACGAGAGGUCUAUUAAAAUAUGGAAAACUAGCUCGUAGUCUACCAUUCCUGUAAAGCACCAGCCACAUUGUUGUAUAAUCAUGCAUGUCACAUCAGGCCUCUGA